AUGAUGCGCUGCGUUUUUGCGUCUUCUUCUUUUUCUUCUUCCACAUGUCUGACGAGUGGUCGUUUUUCCAACGAUUCUUCGACGACGACUGUUGUUCACAAAAACAAUCGGAACGUGUUCUCCUCCUCGAAUGCGAAUCAGAGACGUUUAAGACGAGGAGGAAGAGGUGUAUUGGCGUUUCAAAAAGGAGCAGUGGUCUCGUCCUCGUCUGCGAAAGAGCAAGAAGAUUACGAUCGAAGAUUCCAGGAAUCCACCAACGCCGGUUUGAUGUUAAACGGGAACCGAGCGCCGAGAGGCGGCGAUUCCCCACCGGAAGGGAGGUGGAGUUGGACUUUGAACUGGGAUUACAUGACGUUUGAUCGAGAGACGGAGGUACCGAUUGAAAACCCAUCCGAACAGGAGUUAAAGGAAUGCUCGAUGCUUAUUGGCUCUUGUCCGAGAUCUCCGGGAGAUAUCGAUCGGUUGAUCGAUGAAGCCGGGGUGGAAGCCAUCGUCUGUUUGCAGUGCGAGUUGUGCCACGAGGCGAUGGAAAUCGAUUGGGAACCGAUUCGGAAGCGGUGUUUAGAACGGAACGUGGUUAUUUUAAGAGUUUCGGUGAGAGAUUUUGACCGGUUGGACCAGUCCAGACGGCUGGCGGAUAUGACCAGGGCGUUCAAUUUGUUACACGAUGGAUUAGGGAGGAAGACGUACGUCCAUUGCACGGCGGGGAUUAAUCGAGCGAGUUUGACUGUUUUGGGGUAUUUAACUUUUUGUCGAGGGAUGGAGUUGCAAAAAGCGAUGAACAUUAUUCGAACGUGUCGACCUCAGUCGAACCCGUACGAGGUUUCUUGGCAACGCGCGAGGAAGAUGCUUUUGAGCGAACGCGUCGAGGACUUAUACUUGUACGCGAACACGGACGGCGGAGGGUGUUCGAAAGAGGAAGGAGGGGAUUGGAUCGCGAGAGAUAUGGAUAAAGCGGAGAGAGGAAUUAUUCAGCAAAUGUUUCAGAGGAGUCUGGAGGUGGAUAAAGGUCUCUCACACGCGCUUUUGAAUUUGAACCAAGACGGGAAGUGA